CCGGGCGGAGGCCCUGGGAAGCCGCACCUUCCGCCGCGGGGCGGGGUUGGUCCCGAAGGUGGCGUCCGUGGGUGGGAGCCGCGGGGUCCGCGGGCCGCCCCCGCUGGGCCGCAUCGCAGUGGUGGUGGACCAGGGCUCGGGCUUCACCAAGGCGGGUUUCGCGGGGGAGCACCAGCCGCGCGUGAUGCUGAAGAGCUCCAGCCUGGUGCCUAGCUGGGACCGGCCCGUGCUACCUGGCGCGCCGGGCUGCGAGCUGGCGGGCGGCGUGGCGCGGGCGCACCCCAUCAAGCACGGCGUGGUAGUGGACUGGGAGGCGCUGGAGGGGCUGUGGGAGCGUUUGCUGGUGGGUGGCCUGCGGGUGUGCCCAGAGCAGUGGCCCGUGCUGGUGAGCGACUCGCCGUCGGCGCCUCCCGGGGGCCGCGAGAGGGUGGCCGAGUUGCUGUUCGAGACCUUGGCAGUGCCCGCGUGCCACAUGGCCAGCACUGCAUUGUUGGCGCUCUGCUCCACGGGCGCGCUCAGCGGACUGGCGGUGGAGGCCGGUGCGGGCGUGUGCCACGCCACGCCCAUCUAUGCGGGCCACUCAUGGCAGGAGGCCACCUUCCGACUGGAAGUGGCAGGCACCACGCUGUCGCGUUACCUACGGGACCUGCUGGUAGCAGCGUGUCCGGACCUCCGACUGCAGACCCUACCCCGCAAGGCCAUCACACAGCUCAAGAAGCGCUACUGCUAUGUGUCGCUGGACUUCGAGGGUGACCUCCGUAACCCUGCCCGCCACCAGCCAGCCAGCUUCUUCAUAGGCAACGGCUGUUCAAUCCACCUCAGCAGCGAGCGCUUCCGCUGCCCCGAGCCCAUCUUCCAGCCGAGUCUGCUAGGCCAGACUAAGCCGGGACUGCCUGCACUCGCCUUCCGGGCACUGCAGAAGAUGCCUGCAACACUGCGGAAAUGGCUGGCUGACACCGUAGUGCUGGCAGGUGGCUCCACACUUUUCCCUGGCUUCACUGAGCGCCUGGACAUGGAGCUGGAGGCCCAGUGCCGGCGACACGGCUAUGGGGCCCUUCGGCCGCGCCUGGUGGCCAUGCCUGGGCGCGGAACAGCCGUGUGGACAGGUGGUUCCAUGGUGGCCUCGCUGAGCUCCUUCCAGCGCCGCUGGAUGACCCGGACCAUGUACCAGGAGUAUGGCUCCAGGCUAGUGCACGAAGUGUUCAACUGAGUCAUGUUCCACUGCAUGGGGUGGAGCCCCGAGAAGGCACUGCUGAGGCAGAGCUGCAGCUCUGUCAGAGGCAUCCAGUGCCAGAUAAAUAAAGAGUCUGAAGAGUUUGGAGCUGGCAGUCAUGGUGUGGUGAUGGGCCACCCUCUCCCCUCUCUGGUUCAGGGGGAGGUAUGCAGGGCCUCUGGGAUCCUCAGCUUUGAUCUGCAGUUUGAAUCCUAACUAAUGCCAGUUUAGAGAA